CACAAGUGUUACUUUCGCCUGCAAGUACCGACAAGCUAUGGGGACACUUUGAGCAAGACUCUGGACUGUCAUCAGCCUUGCAUGCUUAAUGGCAACGUCGAGCUGCUCAACCAUCAGCCCCUCCGUCUGACGUCUGAGAACGAGCAGCAUCCCGCAUCCACGCUUCUUCUCCGAGACGCAUUCGCCGCGCUUCAUCAUCGCCUUGAUGCUCACACGCACACAAGCCGGCACAGUCGUCCGCUUCCGCUGCUAAUACCUUGAACCACAGUAUUCCUAGCAAGAAGCUGCGAACCUACCUAGCAAGGCUGAGUCAAGGAAGAGCGUUGUCAGUCUCCUCCUCGAGGUGACUUACCGUGAUUGGAUCCUCAGAAGACUGCUCUCAGCAGCGUGUAGCUGGAGGACACAGCGGAAUCGCUUAUUCGUAUCGAGAGCAACGCUUUGCAGCUUCGAAGUCGCAACCUUGCACCUCGGACAUGUCCAACACACAGCCGCCUUCUCGAGUGACUGGCCUCACUGGCCCGUCGCAGCCGAGCACCACAGCCACUACUCAGCAAAGCAAUGCUUGGACCGCUUCCGAGCUGGAAGAUUCCGGCUCUGAGGACGACUAUGGAUCCGACUCAUCGUACGAGAAGGGGCAGGAGGAGGAAGAAGGGUCGAGGUUUGAAGAGCUUGGAGAUGAGGUACUCAGCGGACGCGGCACGAAUAUUGAGGUGCUCUCCCCAGAGGGGUUGCAGGCGCGAGGGGAAGAGCUCAUGGCCAGGCAUCAAGCCUUGGCAGAUGGCAAUGGCAUUCCGACGCCCAUAAAUACCGUAUUGGACCUCCUGAUCUGGUGCAUGCCCUUCACCUUCCUGUACCUUUUGCUGGACAUCAUGAUUCAACAGCAAUACGCCAUGCAUCCCACUUUCUUGAUCGAGCUUGGCAGACUCUUGGGCACAGCACCCAUCCUCGCUGUGUUCAUCUACUACACGGCUAUUCGAAGGAUACGCACAACCCUCCAGGCAAGGCUGCUGGAAGGCUUCAUCACGCUGCUUUCAUUGGCGAGCGGAGUCGCGUUUCUGUGGGUGUACGCCAAGGCCCCGUAUACUCAAUCGACUCGUCAACUACCUCCUCUUGGGACAAUAUGGGUCUUCACCAUCGUGAGACUGCCCCUUCCGCAUGCUCUCGCUGCUCUAGCCAUUGUUGCGGGCUGGACAAGGUAUUCCGGUGUUUGGGAUGCAAUUGCAAGGAAAUGACAGUGCAACGCGGUCGAGUGCCCAGCAUCAGGUGCAACGAACGAUGGAUCAUUUGUGACAUUGCAAGCACAAGAACAAGGGAGAUGUGGUCGAGUCAAAGCCAUCUAGAGAGCAACCAAGGCAGCUCAGAAGGGCGGCGGGCGAUAUAGGAAACUGUGCGUGUGAAAGCCCGCAGUGCAAACGCGAUGGCCAAGUAAUCUUGCGAAAGAAAGCGCCCGGGGGGUGUUCUUUCUUUGUUUUUUAACCUCAAUCGUCUGCUAUGUAUUCACG